GCUAAGGCACCAGCGUCGCUGCUUCCGGUCCGGGUUGAGCGGUACUCCUGCUGCAAGGCUCUGUGGUUUGCGGGAGCCGGCUGAGGCUGGAGGAUCCCAGAGUUGGGUGGGAGGGAGAGAGCGAGGUGGAGAGAGAACACGCGGACUCCCAGGCUGAUCCGGGGAUAGCCCGAUGGUGACGCCGGCAACCGAUCGCAGGCACAGAAGAAAGAGGGAACCCGAACGCGACCAGGCCACUGUUUCCAGGGGGGCAACCUGCACGGGACACCCCCCGCCCCGGUAACGGCCGAGGAGGAGGAGGAGAUGGCGCUGGCCAGGGAGCGGCCGUGGCCGAGGCAGUGAGGACCUGCGAAGCCCGAGGAGCCGGAGCCCCCGCGUGUGAAGAGCAGGAGCCGGCGCAAUGGAAGGGACGAAGCCGAGUUUGCAGCUGGUGUACCAGGCUGUGCAAGCGCUCUAUCACGACCCGGACCCCAGCGGCAAGGAGCGCGCCUCGUUUUGGCUCGGGGAGCUGCAGCGAUCGGUUCAUGCGUGGGAGAUCUCGGACCAGUUGUUACAGAUCCGGCAGGAUGUAGAAUCGUGCUAUUUUGCAGCACAGACGAUGAAAAUGAAGAUUCAGACCUCAUUCUAUGAACUCCCAACGGACUCUCAUGCCUCUUUACGGGACUCAUUGUUGUCACAUAUCCAGAACUUGAAAGACCUAUCUCCUGUCAUCGUAACUCAGCUUGCUUUAGCAAUAGCAGACCUGGCCCUGCAGAUGCCUUCCUGGAAAGGCUGUGUGCAGACCCUGGUAGAAAAAUAUAGCAAUGAUGUAACUUCUUUGCCUUUUCUGCUGGAGAUCCUUACGGUAUUACCUGAAGAGGUACAUAGCAGGUCGUUAAGAAUUGGAGCUAAUCGUCGCACAGAGAUUAUAGAAGACUUGGCUUACUACUCAAGCACGGUAGUUUCUCUGCUGAUGACUUGUGUGGAAAAGGCAGGAACAGAUGAGAAGAUGCUCAUGAAGGCCUUUCGAUGCUUAGGUAGUUGGUUUAACCUUGGUGUCUUGGACAGUAACUUCAUGGCUAACAAUAAAUUGCUAGCUCUUCUUUUUGAAGUUUUGCAACAGGACAAGACAUCAUCUAACCUGCAUGAGGCAGCAUCAGAUUGUGUGUGCUCAGCCCUCUAUGCCAUUGAGAAUGUAGAGACCAAUUUACCUUUGGCCCUGCAACUCUUUCAAGGGGUCUUGACUUUGGAAGCAGCCUAUCAUAUGGCUGUGGCCCGUGAAGACUUAGACAAGGUUCUGAAUUAUUGCAGAGUUUUCACUGAACUGUGUGAAACAUUUCUUGAAAAAAUUGUUUGUACUCCAGGCCAGGGGCUAGGUGAUCUUCGAACACUGGAACUGCUCCUCAUCUGUGCUGGCCAUCCCCAGUAUGAGGUGGUGGAGAUAUCGUUUAACUUUUGGUACCGACUAGGGGAGCAUUUGUACAAAACAGAUGAUGCUGUUAUUCAUAGCAUUUUCAAAGCUUAUAUCCAGCGUCUGCUCCAUGCCUUGGCCAGACACUGUCAACUGGAACCAGACCAUGAGGGGGUCCCUGAAGAGACUGAUGACUUUGGGGAAUUUCGAAUGAGGGUGUCUGACUUGGUGAAGGACUUGAUCUUCCUGGUUGGAUCGAUGGAAUGCUUCUCUCAGUUGUAUUCUACUCUGAAAGAAGGCAACCCACCCUGGGAGGUGACAGAAGCGGUUCUCUUUAUCAUGGCCUCUAUAGCCAAGAGUGUUGAUCCUGAAAAUAACCCAACACUUGUGGAGGUCCUAGAAGGAGUUGUCCGUCUCCCAGAGACUGUACACACAGCUGUCCGAUACACCAGCAUUGAGCUGGUGGGAGAGAUGAGUGAAGUGGUUGAUCGAAAUCCCCAAUUCCUUGAUCCUGUGUUGGGCUACUUGAUGAAAGGCCUGUGUGAAAAACCUCUGGCCUCUGCUGCUGCCAAAGCCAUUCACAACAUCUGCUCUGUCUGCCGGGACCACAUGGCUCAGCACUUUAAUGGACUACUGGAAAUUGCUCGCUCCCUUGAUUCCUUUAUGCUGUCUCCAGAAGCUGCUGUAGGCUUGCUGAAAGGGACAGCCCUGGUCCUAGCCAGAUUACCCUUAGAAAAAAUUGCUGAAUGCCUCAGUGAGCUGUGUGCAGUUCAGGUCAUGGCAUUGAAAAAGCUGCUAUCUCAAGAGCCCAGCAAUGGCAUUUCCUCAGACCCCACCGUGUUCUUAGAUCGCCUGGCAGUAAUAUUUAGACACACCAAUCCUAUUGUAGAAAAUGGACAGACUCAUCCGUGCCAAAAAGUCAUACAAGAAAUUUGGCCGGUUUUGUCAGAGACCCUGAACAAACACCGAGCUGAUAACCGGAUUGUGGAACGAUGUUGCAGAUGCCUGCGUUUUGCUGUUCGAUGUGUAGGUAAAGGGUCCGCUGCCCUCCUGCAGCCCCUGGUUACACAGAUGGUGAAUGUGUACCAGGUUCAUCAGCACUCCUGUUUCCUGUACCUUGGUAGUAUCCUAGUGGAUGAGUAUGGGAUGGAAGAGGGUUGUCGCCAGGGCCUGCUAGACAUGUUACAGGCACUGUGCAUCCCUACUUUCCAGCUCUUAGAACAGCAAAACGGCCUUCAGAACCACCCUGAUACUGUGGAUGAUCUGUUCAGACUAGCUACCAGAUUUAUCCAGCGUAGUCCUGUGACCUUGCUGAGGAGCCAAGUGGUUAUCCCCAUCUUACAGUGGGCCAUUGCCUCAACCACCCUUGACCACCGGGAUGCCAACUGCAGUGUCAUGAAGUUCCUACGAGACCUCAUCCACACAGGAGUAGCCAAUGACCAUGAAGAAGACUAUGAAGUUCGGAAAGAGUUGAUUGGACAGGUGAUGAACCAGCUCGGACAGCAGCUUGUAAGCCAAUUGCUACAUACAUGUUGUUUCUGCCUACCCCCGUAUACCCUUCCAGAUGUAGCCGAAGUGCUCUGGGAGAUCAUGCAAGUCGACAGACCGACUUUUUGUCGUUGGCUAGAGAAUUCUCUGAAGGGUUUACCAAAGGAAACAACUGUGGGAGCUGUCACAGUGACGCAUAAACAACUUACAGACUUCCAUAAGCAGGUUACUAGCGCUGAGGAAUGUAAACAAGUUUGCUGGGCCUUGAGGGACUUCACCAGAUUGUUUCGAUAACUUGAGCUCCUGCACUGUGCCUGUCUCCCAGGAAUGUCUUUUUAUUAGAAGACAGGAAAAUCGAAAACAAGAAUGUGUCUCACAAUCAGAACCCUUCCUUGUGGCAGAGGGACUUUCACACCCUUUCACCAGAGCUGUCACAGCAAACAGGGAGAGACUCUGGCCUCCUGGGGCAGUCCUGUGGGGAGUUCCUGUUUAUGAGUGAGAGGGCAAAUCAGAGUGAUUUUUUUUUUUAAAGGAUGGCUGCAGCGUGUCCAGCAUGAUGGGAGGGAAGCUGGUUUCCUGAUGGACUCAUUUUUAGAAAGGGAAAAAAUAUUUAAUUAAAAAAAAAGAGGAAAAGUUAAAUGGAAACCUGAAGAGAAACAUUUGCCUGGCAACAAAAAAAAAACCAGAAA